GUGGCCGCGGCCGUGGCCGGGCCGGAGGCGGCGUCGCUGGCGCCGAUGCGUGCGGUGUGGUGCGGGGCGGGGGCGCCGGGCGGCCGCGGCGCGGCGGGACCAUGGAGCUCGGAGCGCAGCCCCGGCGCCGGCGGCGGAGCCGCGGACCGUUUUAAUUCUGAUUGCUGUACCAUUGAUAUCUGGUGAUGCGACUACCUGAGGGACAUUUCUGCAACCCGUAAGUCAACACUUACAUGAUCGUGAGCCAUGCCUUUAGUGAAGAGGAACAUCGAACCCCGGCACUUGUGCCGGGGAGCCCUGCCGGAGGGGAUUACCAGUGAACUUGAAUGUGUAACCAAUAGUACCCUUGCUGCUAUCAUACGCCAGCUCAGCAGUCUAAGCAAACAUGCUGAAGACAUAUUUGGUGAGCUGUUUCACGAGGCUAACAACUUCUACAUCAGAGCAAAUUCUCUUCAAGACAGAAUUGAUCGCCUCGCUGUCAAAGUUACCCAGCUGGAUUCAACAGUGGAAGAGGUGUCACUACAGGAUAUCAACAUGAAAAAAGCUUUCAAAAGUUCCACAGUCCAAGACCAGCAGGUGGUUUCAAAGAACAGCAUUCCUAAUCCCGUUGCUGACAUUUACAACCAGAGUGAUAAGCCACCUCCUCUGAAUAUUCUUACGCCGUACAGAGAUGAUAAAAAGGAUGGGCUGAAGUUCUACACAGAUCCUUCCUAUUUCUUCGACCUCUGGAAAGAAAAAAUGCUCCAGGACACGGAAGACAAAAGGAAGGAGAAAAGGCGUCAAAAGGAGCAAAAGCGUAUAGAUGGCACAACCCGUGAGGUGAAAAAGGUUAGGAAAGCCAGAAACAGGCGCCAGGAGUGGAGUAUGAUGGCAUAUGACAAAGAGCUUAGACCCGACAACAGGCUGUCUCAGAGUGUGUACCACGGAGCGUCUUCCGAGGGAUCCCUGUCCCCAGACACUAGGUCGCACGCGUCGGAUGUCACAGAUUACUCUUACCCGGCGACCCCCAACCACUCUCUGCAGCCGCAGCCCGUGACCCCUUCUUACGCGGCCGGCGACGCACCACCGCACGGGCCGGCAGCCCAGGCCCCCGAGCAUGAGUACCGACCCCCCUCCGCCUCGGCGCGGCACAUGGCGCUGAACAGACCCCAGCAGCCGCCGCCGCCACCCCCACCGCAGGCCACAGAGGGGUCCCAGGCCUCCGCGCCCAUGGCGCCAGCAGACUACGGGAUGCUCCCAGCACAGAUCAUUGAGUAUUACAACCCCUCAGGACCGCCGCCUCCUCCGCCGCCCCCCAUGAUUCCUUCAGCACAAACUGCUUUCGUCAGCCCUCUCCAGAUCCCCAUGCAGCCCCCCUUCCCUGCCUCUGCGGGCUCCUCCUACGCGCCUCCUCCCCACCCUCCCGCCGCGGGGCUCGUGGUCACGGCCCCGCCGCCUCCGGGCCCACCGCCGCCCCCGCCGGGUCCUCCUGGCGCAGGGUCUUCUCGAUCCUCCUCCCCGAUGCACGGCCCCCCAGCAGCCGAGGCAAAGCGCCAGGAGACGGCACAGCCACCCAUAAGCGAUGCUCGAAGCGAUCUGCUUGCCGCCAUUCGAAUGGGGAUUCAGCUGAAGAAGGUGCAGGAGCAGCGUGAGCAAGAAGCCAAGCGCGAGCCAGUUGGGAACGACGUGGCCACGAUUCUGUCCAGACGCAUCGCCGUGGAGUACAGCGAUUCUGACGACGACUCCGAGUUCGACGAGAACGACUGGUCCGACUGAGGCUGGGCGCGUGCGCAGGUGGACGGCGUGGGGGCAGGGCUUCUUGCCGGCAGGAGACCGUGCGUCGGAAAAUGCCUCGCAGAUUUUGUGGUCUCCGCGCCCACGUGGUGGUAUUAUAACCCUGUAGCUUAGCGACUUUUGUAUUAAUAAUGUGAUAUUGCUUUUGCACAUCCAAAAAUUCUGGGUUUUUUCAGUAUUUACUGUGUAAUACUUAAGUGCCACUACACAUAGCAAAUUGUGCUGCACACGAGGAAAUAUGCUGUAACUAUUGCAUUGUCCCGAAAACGGCAUUUUGCUUCCUUUCUCUUGGCCGUGAGCGUAUUUAGUGCAGUUUGGGUUUCCUCCUUUUGGUCGCUGUAAUUCUGCAGACUUGCUGCGUGUUUGUGAAGCUGCCUGGUGUUAGGUCUUUGCAAGAUUAAUGACCGUGUGUCAGAGUGAUGUCUUCCAAUCAGUACGUGAUACCGUUUCACCUUCGUUUUGUUCUGUUUUGUUUUAAACGUGUUUCAGAAGAAGUUGGUUCUAGAGGGAAGGAUUCAACAAGUAAGGAGGACCCAGUGUUUCUGCUCGCAGUGUCUGGGCUUGUGCCUCUGUGUGACUCGGAACGAUCUGUUAGAUAAUUUCGUUUCCUUUGCACCGGCCCUUUGCAGGCAGGGUUCCCUGCGGGCGUUCGCUUGGUCCCUGCCUGUCGGCAGUUGCCAUUAAGAGGUUUGGGCAGCUGCGCAGUGAUGAACAUGAACAACAGGGUUCUUCUUCCGUCAGGGCCAUGGGGUUGUGACGCUGGAAACGUGUGACAGCGCUUACAGCCUUGGGUGCCAGCCGGCCAGCACAGACACGGUGGUCCGGGACCCCCGGACCUCAGGGAGAGGGCUUCCCGUGGCUCCUCGCGCCGCGUGCUCUGAAGUUGAAAAGCUUAGAUGGAGGUGGACGUAGAUGCUGGCAGCUACUUGCUUUUCCCGGUGCCGCGGCCACAUUAGGGAUCCAUCACCCGAGCGGGGCCGUGGCCCUGCUCCUAGAAGCACACGGUUCUCUUUCGUCACGUGGCCGUCGGCACAGGGGAUUUUCAAAAGUACCUCAGGUCAGAGUAGGCUCCUGGCUGCACCGGAUCACUUGCCCCUCGCCUUCGCCCUUCCCGCUCUGCUUCCCACACGGCAAUACGACCGAGCCAUGGGGUUGAUCUUCCUGAGGAAGGCAGACUGCUGGAACGCUCACGGAUGGCAGCUUACGUCUUAGAAGUUGGGGUGAGGGGUCGCUGCUUGUUCGGAACAGAUAAACGCCCCCGGGCUUUGAUUCUAGAUACGACUUCACAAAUAACACUAAGACACUUCACUUACUAGGGAUUCUGACCCGAGUACAGCAUUUCUCACGGAUGGCGGUUACUCGUGACUCUCGGUCGUGACAGAGGAGUCUUCAGCUCAAGGCAGAGCUGGCUGGUUCAUGGUGGUCGUCUCAGCAGGACCAUGACCGAUGGGUUUUUGUUACUGAGUCCUCCUGAGGACUUCAGCGGCACCUUCGAACCGGGUCUCUGCGUCCCUGUGUGGACAUUUACGUGGCUUGUGGGCGUUCGUCCUGUAAAGCCGAUACCUUGAAUUUCAAUCACGUAGAGUUGGAGACUCCGAAAAGCCUAAUGUCUGUGUCCCCUUCCCAAGACCAUCCUUCUCACAUCAGGUUACCUGAGUCUUUUCAGCGGGACUGGCUGUUUUGACACAUGCUUCUCGAGUUUCUGUGUCUUGGAGCUGGACGCCAUAAUUUUACCGAUUAUAAGCAGUAGUUAGUAAUGAACGUUUAAAUUUCUCCCUUUGAUUUCUCUCCCUUUAUUUCAGUGUAAAGGCCUCCUGUGUUGGCAUUAUUCUUGGGACUUUUACCAUUUGUACUCCUCUUUUGUCUUUAUCACAAUAUUUUGUUUUUAUUGUUACUUUUGGAGUAGGAAUUACUUGCACAAUUCUAGAACUUCUAUCUGGUAACGCUUCUUUGUUUUUUAUGUCCCUUCUGUUCUCAGGACGAAGAGAACACAUAAAGCUACUACCCAUGUCAGAAUUUCUUCUGUUUAUAUCUUAUUACAAUAAAAUUACUGGCACUUUAUUCAUAAA